AUGUUCGCUCUUGGAACAGAGCUCUCGGGAGAGAUCAGCAAUGAAACGUUGAUCGAAUCAGAUACGUAUCAUGAUCUGUUGAUUAUCGAUAUGAUUGACAGCUAUUCCAACUUAACGAUCAAGACCAUUGCAACACUUCGAUGGGCAUCAAUAUAUUGCACAAAAGCAGUUGUACUCUACAAUGUGGGCAUCCGAUCAUAA